CACACACCGACGCAGUACGUAGAGCGAAUUCACUCGCCGGCUCUCAACAAGAACGCGUCGACAUAUACACUGUGCUUUGAACGUACCGAGGUGAUAUAUCUGUUAUUUAUCCUACGGUCGAAGGCGAGUGAAUCGUGAAAAUGGCCGGGGAAAAGCGUACCCAGGAUCAAGAGGAAACCUUGCUCUCGGAAACGGUGAUCUUGGUUGACAUCGAAGGCACAACGACGAGCAUAAGCUUCGUGAAGGACACACUUUUUCCUUAUGUACGAGAGAACUUAAAGAAAUAUAUCGAAACUAAAUGGGAUGAUGAGGAGUUCAAGCAAGACUAUGAAAAAUUGAAAGAACAGGCAAAGAAAGAUGAAGAAGAAAAAGUUGAAGGGUUUGUACCUAUGGUUGGUUCUAACACAGAAGAGCAGAAAGAGUCACUUAUGAAAAAUGUAUUAUGGCAAAUGGAUUGUGAUCGUAAAACUGGUGCAUUGAAACAGUUACAAGGACAUAUGUGGCGUGAAGCUUACAAUUCUAAAGCAGUUAAAGCACACGUUUACGAAGAUGUGCCGAAAGCAUUAGAAUCAUGGACAAACAACGGUAGAAAAGUCUAUGUUUAUUCGAGUGGUAGCGUCGAAGCACAAAAACUUCUGUUUGGACAUUCUGUGCAUGGCGAUUUACUUAAGUAUUUCAGUGGUUAUUUUGAUACUGAAGUAGGCUCGAAGCAGGAAUCGAGUAGUUAUAAAACUAUAUCGAAUAAAAUUGGAGCAGACCCAUCCAGUAUACUCUUCCUUACUGAUACUGUUAAAGAAGCUGCAGCUGCUAAAGAAACAGGCUUAUCAACCGUCAUACUACUACGCGAAGGUAAUGUUGCUCUUUCAGAUGAAGAAAGAGUAACUUUUACAACCAUUAAGUCAUUCCUAGACUUAACAUUUCAAACUUCAACGAAGCGACAAAAGUUAGAAGCAACGGAAACGCAAGAAAAUGUAACUAAGGCUGCGCCUGAUGUUUGUGAACCGAUGGAUACUUCCGAAGAUGUUGAAAUGAAAGAUGUCAGUGAGAAAAAGGAUGAGAAGGUGGAAGCGAAGGAAGCCGUCGAAGUAGAAACAAAAGAAUGUGUUAAAGAAGCAAAGUCGCAGAAAGAAACUAAAAAGUCAGAUACGAAAACGGAAGAACCUAUGAUUAUCGAUGCAAAAGAUACACCAAACACUGAAAAGGUAACGGAAAAUGUAGCAACAGCUAAAGUAGACCAACUAUCAGAGGUGAGUACAAAAGCAGGCAAUUGUGAAAAUGUACCCGUCGUGAAUAAAAAUGCCGAAUCAACAUCAGUACCUUCAAAGAGUGAUGCGGAUAAGCCCGUAGAGCCUGAAAAAGUAGGUAAACUUGUGAAUGCAGUAGAAAAAAUCGUUGAACCAACAUCUGUAGAGGCGACUCCUGCUACUGAUGCCGCAGACGUUGCGGCAUGCGAGCCUAAAGUUAAGUAUGAACAAGUUUCUAUUACAGAGAGUAAGACUGAUGAAGCCACAAAUGUCGCGAAAGAAACAAAACCCGAAGCCAGUAAAGUGUCAGAUGUAAAAACUAACGAAAAUCCAACAGAAGAAAAGGGCAGUAGUAGCAGCAGUGUAGAAGAGAAGCUAGAAGUAAGCACUUGUAAAACCGAAAAAGAAGCGAAAGAGGAGUCGCUGUCCAGUGCCAAGUCCGCUGACAAAAUUACAACUAAUCCUAGUGUAACAGAAACCGAGAAAUCAGGAACCGAGGUAUCUUCGGCGAAACCUGCACAAGAAUCUACGAAGAUAGAGGAGAAACCCACAGAAAAUGGUGAUGUUUCAUUAACAAAUGCAGAAAAAGUAACCGCGCCAACGAUAACGGAAUCAGAAGCUACUAGUAACAAAGCGGAAACAAACGCUGAAAUCAAAAAUGUAAAGGAAGCAGUCACGGAAAAGAAACCGGAAGUAGAGACAGAAUCUGUUAAUGAAAAGUCUCCCAAAGCGAAAGAAGCAGAAGAAACAGCAGUGCCUGUGAAAGAUGCCGAGAAAAAUGAAGUUAGUACCGAUGCAUCAAAAGAAGAAUCGACAGAGAAAUCAGUGAAAGAAGAAACUGUAGUGGGCGAAGUGAAAGAAACAAAUGCAACAGUGGAUUCCGAAAAGAAAAAAUUAAACGGUACAACACAAAAUGGAGAUACAGAUGCGCCAGUGACGGAUGAUAAGUUGCACAGAAACGGACUGAAUGAGGGAUCAUCAAAUGAAAACGUUAAUUCGUCAACAAGCGAAAGCACGUCGGCGCAGAAUGGCGAACCAGAGAGUUCCUCAGAGGCUAACUCAGAAUCUAUAAAAGUCAAAAAAGUCGUUGAUUCUACAGUAGCCGAUGGUGCCGGCGAACCCGACGUUGUUCCCCCUGUAGUUGUAGCUGCGACGUCUUAAUCUUGUUCUGAUACAUUUUAAGAAGUCCUUCAUACAUAACCCCAACCCACAAUACUUAUCCGCAGGUAUAAACUGAAAAGUUGGCUCCCUACACCUUACAUAAAUCGUACGACGUUAAAGAUGUAAUACGUUAAUUUAAGAUGCAGUUCAUAGGAUUUCUGUUUCUUCAACAAAUGCGAAGGGAAACGAUAAUACGACAUGCACAGUAUGUUUCAGAUUCGAUUAUCUUUUAAACGUCAUAACUCGAUGUAUUAUGCUUGUUAAUUGUGCUCAGUAGAACGUCGUAAGAAGAUCGGAAAACUUUUGUCUCCUAUUUUACAUUGCUUAACUUAUUUUUUUGUGUAUUAGUCAGUUUUCCUUUUCUUUAUUUUUCUCAUUUUUUACUUCAUUCGUAUUAUUAAACGUUAGUUUUUAUAAGUGACAUUAUGCAUUUAUCAGUACGAACUGACUAAAGAUAAUCGAACAUGUCAAUAUGCUGUAGUUGGUUUAUAAGUAUUUUUCACUUGACUUUUUUCUUUUUUUAUUGCAUUUUAUGUGUAUUAAGAUCUUUUUUUAUACUGCCUAAACGGAAUGUUACGGUAUGAAAACUCAUAGGAUAGGAAAUUCAUCAUAGUUGGAGUAUGCUAAAAUACCGCAUAUACCCUGUGCCAAAUGAAUUAAAUCGUCAGUUUGAAGGUUUUUGUAUGAUUAUACGUACAACGUUGAAGGAUCUGGUCGCUAUUUUAGUUUCUUGGAACAAUCAGGAAACUUUGAGACUAUAUAUGAUUUUAAGACUGAAUUGGUAAUGCCUCGAACAGUCGCUGGCUUUAGACUACACAGUAUAAUUUUUGCAUACUCUUGUGUACUUAAUUUUAUAAAUUCAUAACACAGUGAUCUUCGAAUCAUAGAUCUGAAUCCGAAAUAAUUAAGCUGUGUCUUACAUUGAACUUUAUUUGUCUAUCUUAGGUAUACUUUUUCGCGUCCUAAAAGAAGGCACACGUACUACUUAUUAUGAUGUGUCAGACAUCGUAUUCCUAUUUUCUUUUGCGACUUUAUUUAUCAAAAUGUAUACUUUUAGUUUAGAACACUUGAAACGAUGUUGGCCUAUACGCAUUAUGUGUUUCGAUUUUUCCCCCCCCAAUGUAUCGUAAUUAACAUUCGUCGAUUUUAAGUCGUUUUCGAACAAUUGAAAAUACUACGUUGCAUUUAUGUGUCUUUCGAAACCCAUAUUUGUAUUGUCAGAUACAGGACUUACACGAAUAUUAUACGUAUACAGUAUACUAUUAGUUAUAUAAAAUUUAAUUUUUCGCCGCCUGAUAGUAUGUAAUAUUGAACAAAUUGAUUACGAGGAAGAAGCGCAUCGACUUUUGAAUUUACUCUUUUUUUUUUCAUUCCUGCGAACUAACGUCAAAACUUAUUAUAUAAAUAGCCAUUUUUUGAAGUAGUGGUGAUCGAUGUUUCUUAGGAUUCGUAAAUUAUUCUCCGAAUUUGACAAGGACUCGUUUAUUUAUUUAUUAUCCAUUCCUCCAAAAUUGACUGUGAUUUAACGAUAUUAAUAGACAUAGGGAACCUUAAAAUGAUUCAUUAUUAUUCACGUAUAGUAAUUCCUUUGGCAGGUUAUCGUAUUAAUGGUAUUAUUAUUUUUAUUGAAAUUAAUAUGCAUCCUGUCUGAUUCAAGUCACUGUGAAAGACUGUUGGCAGUAUAGACUGUAAGCGAAACAAAAGUUUCCACAAUUUUUCUUCUGUUUGAUUUUUCGAUCGUAUUUUGCCGGCGACUCAUGCUAGGGAUAUUCAACGAUCCGUAAAAUGCAUAAAUGAGAUAAACGAAGUGCGACGUCAGCGUGUUCUAGACUUGUUAUCUAUAAGUACAUGUAUAGUCAGUAACGAUUAUAUUGUGAGACUUUUAACGAAUCCAUAUUUUACAGGACACUUGACAGACCUCGCAUUUAUUUAUAAGGUGUCCUUUCGUCGAUGAAAACGUUUUUUAAUACACGGAUCAGUUUUUGGCGUUGCGCAACCCGUUAUCACGAACGGUGGAAGGAAGGAAAAUGUAAACGUGAUUUUUUAUUCACGACCCGAAACGGAAGUCGAAUCUUGUAUGCUUGAUUCCUCUUUUAAGACGAAAGACCCGGAGGUGAUCAUAGGUGUAAGACCAGUAACCGAUUCUAUUUCGAUACACAUCUUUAUGUCAGGUGCAUAAGAAGAUUUCAGAUUGAUAUCGUAAAUUUAAUAUACGGUUGCAAAUUCAUUGUAACAUCGGUAACACAUGUGUGCCGCGAGAUAUGCUCAAAUACUAAAAGAUGCAUGCAAUUUUGUCAAAAUUUUUGAUGGGACAACCUCUGUUACCGAUGAUCCCGCAAGAAAUACGAUGUUAACAGACUCGAAGUAUAAACGACUGUAAACUGCCGACCUUUUGCCAUAAUGAAUUUCUUACUAGUUUUUCUUUUUUCUUUUGAUAAUAUCUCGAAUUUUGAUAUUCUGUCUACCAAUCGCAUUGCAAAUGCGAACCGACUGCCAUUGCUACGAUUAAAUUAAGCAUCCGAACGCUAAGUGGCGGUUGUGCACGAAGCUCUUCUCGGCUGACUUUCAUGGCAUCAUCUACAAUCAUCAUCCCAUAUCAUCCAUACCAAUUGUUGCGUCGAUAGUCGGAAGGGUUAAGAGUGCACAUCGUCAAUUCGCGUCGUUCCUAUAAUUCUCAUCUCCUAAAUGCUCAAUGUCAGCAGAGGAACCUAUAUAGUUUUUCUUUCAAACGUACGCAGUCGCUUAAUUAUUAAUAAUAGUGUGGUUAAUGUUCUAAGUUUAGGAUGACUUAACUCUUUGUGGUUUAGUUAUUAUCCUAUUUUUGUUUGUUAUCUGUAAUAUUAAAAAUUUAAGUAUAAUUUAUACGAUACCAAAACUUCUGGACUACUUUAUAAGUAAUAAGAAAUGAAAUAUCAAAUUCACCUUGUGUGCUACUUCUCGGAAUAUAAUGGGAAUACAAUAUUAUUGGAUUUUGAUACCGAACCACGAAGUGUUAAAUAAAGCUUUUGUAAGGUGACACUUGGAUGUUUCGACUGUGACGUGUCAGCUUAAAUGAUUCAGAUCAACAUUUGAUUACCCGGUGUAAUGCGACGAAUCUAAGAUAUCAACGCAAUUUUUGUUCUACGUAUUUAUUAGCGAGUAAAGGUCGCGUGAACGUUUUAUACACUGCCUUGUUAUUUAUUAUUUUUGGAUGUAACGACAAAAUUGACCCGAUCGGAAUCACCGCCAAAUCGUACGUAUACGUUGAUUAGACGUCGCUUGUGCGUGGCACAUUUUAUCAUUUGAACUAUUAGAUGUAGGUUUUGUAAGCGAGCUGAAACGUGACAUUACUCAAACGUUCGCGCGGCUUGGAAAUCAGGCAGCUGUUCAAGUUGUAUGCGCAAGACACUCUUCGUCGUCCUUUCAAAAUAUUAGAUACCUAAUAAGACGUUUCCAAGUACCGAGGAUAGGAGUACUAACAAACAAUAGCUUCGUAUCGAUUAGCGAUUAUUAUUUGUAAUUCAUUGGCUAUUUUAUGUAAUACGUCAAUAUAAGCGUAGGAGAGAAUGUACGGACUUAAUUGAUACGUUUUAACGAUAACCUUUGACGGUGGAAUCUUUCACGUGGGCUGUUCUUUUAACGAGACUGCUCCGUCGCUUUUUUUCCUCAGCCAAGUAUUUUAAUUUCUCUCUUACUUUUUUUUUUUGUUACGAGACAGUUGUAGUUACUAUUAUCACUUUUCAGUGCUCUAAACGAUUAAUGCGUGUAUGUGUGUAUGUAUGUGUGUUACACGGCGAAGGCAGAAAAUGAAUUUUAUUUCAUAUUGCAUCAAGUUCAGCAAUCAUUGGAUAUAUCUUUAUACAUUUAUCGGGCAAUAUUAACAAAUUCGCAAAUGGUGUGCACUGUACAGAAUAAACUGACAAUUCUGUUCUCUCUAAACUCUUGACUGCAUUCGUAGAGCAAAAUAAAUGAAUUUUGCAACUAGA